UGAUGUAAUCUUUACUACAGCGUACAAUUGCGAAUAGAUUUGAAUCUACAGCUUCUUUGAAGACCGUCUGAGCGUGAAAAUGGCAGACACAGACGCUAAAAGCCUUUCCGAGCUCAUGGAGUUGACUGGGUUGGAUAUAGUCGCAGCACGAUCCCUAUUACACGCUUUCAAUGGGGAUACGAACGCGGCCAUGAAUGAUUUUCUCGAGAAUGGUGUGGGAUCAAAACCCUCGGAAUUCAUGGAAACAGAUUCGCCCGACCACGCACAAGCACACGCGCAGACCAGCACAGUCGAACACUCCGAUACCGACGAUGAAGACCCGAGGAGAGACACACAUACGCAGACCACAACACGUACCACAACGACCGCAUCCAGUUCAGGGGAUGGCAGAGUGUACGAGACAGCCCCACAGCAGGAAGCGAAGCAGUCGUCGAGUCAUGUGGGCGGAAGUGGUAGCUCAGACGAGGAAUUCGAUACCACUCACAUAGGCCGGCGUAUUAGGACGCGGAAGCGAUCUUACAAUCCAGCAGAGAAUGACGGAGUAAGAGCGCCCGACCAACAGUAUAGGGAGCGGCUAUUGGACCCGCACGCAAGUAUGUGUCUUUAA